UGGGUGCUCUGCAGACCGCUGACAUCAUCCCGACUGAAAAUGGUGUUUGGACUGGGCUGCCAGAGAGAGAGGCUCUACAAGCCCCUGUACAUAGCACACCUCUUCAUUCUUGCAGGUGUGGUGUACUACUAUUUUCAGGGGCCUGUGGGGAAGACAGCCCCUGACCAUGACAUGGCUGAGGAGCCCUCACAGCUUGAAGGGGAGACCUUAAGGCCGGUGUGGGGGCCGAUGGAUAAGUGUUACCCUGUGACCACUCAGAGACGCAGAGUCAAGAGCGGGAAGAAGCAAGCCUCUGAGGCCAUGACCCCCAAGGCAACGGGAGGACUGAGCAGUGCUGCCCCCACGGAGGAGACUGAGCUCUGGUCUCAGCGUGAGGGGGAGGUGAGGCCCCCAAAGGAAGAAGCGGCCAGCCUGGGCCCCGUGGCCAAGGAGGUGGCCGAGGAGCAAGAGGCAGCGGGGACCCUAGGCUGGGAGGUGAGGAAGCCUGGUGCCCCCACAGGAACAUCCCCAGCUCUAUGUAAUGUGGCUCCUGUCUCGUCCCACCACUGUGCCCCAUCCUUCCUCUCAGACGAGCUGCCCCCACAACUGCUGGUCCUGCGGAGAGGCCCCCGGCCCCGUGCCAAAGGGCAGAGCAAGUUCCCCGAGGGCGGAGAGCUGGGGAGCUCCAUGGCGUGA